AUGUUUUUGAUACGGCGAGUUUCAACGAAUCAAUCCAAACAAUUGAAGUUCUUGAAGAGAUGUAUUUCGAAUAAGCCAACGAAUCCAACGAAGCCAAGGAAUAGAAUCAUAGAUAUUCUACUCUUCUCUUCUGCUAGCUUUGGCUUGUAUGGUCUGUAUAAUCAUUUCAGCAAUCAACCUUUCAUUAGCAGUACAGAUAGUUUCACUAUUCCGAUCAAGUCUAAGGAUGGUAUUAAGUCUAUUAAAACUGUUAAUAAGCUUUCUUCUUCGGAUAUUUCUACUCUACUCAAAUCAAAUGAAUCUACAACUAAAAUUGUUAAAUCUGGUCAGCCUUCUUUAAUUAAUCAGUACUACAAUAAUCACAUAUCUUCGAACAACCCCAUUGAAGAUAGGCACUGUGAAAUCAUUUUGGAAAGAGAUUCUAAGCCAUAUGAUUCCAAUAACCUCAUUAACCUUGAUAGAACCGGUGACUUGUUCUUCUUUUGUGUUUUUGAUGGUCACUCUGGUUUUAGAACUUCAGAAUUUCUCUCUAAAUCCUUAGUACCUUCCACUGCUCUUCACUUAUCAUCUUUAUUCAAUAACAUUCCACCUACAAACUCUUCUUAUUGGCAUCAAUUUAUCAACCUCUUCAAAUCUAACAACAAUUCUACUAACUUAGACUCUCAACCUCAACUUGUCAUGCAAUCUUUGAAAAAUGCUUUCAUUAAUUUGGAUAACUCUUUAUUACAAGCUCCUAUAAGCUUAUUAAAUCAAUUACCUAAAACUCCCUCUCCACCGUCCAAACCUGAUGAUUCUUUACUUUCUGCUUUGUCCGGUUCGUGCGCUCUAAUGGCUUACAUUGAUGAAAUUCGUCAAGAUUUAUAUAUUGCAGUAACCGGUGAUUCAAGAGCUAUAGCUGGUUACUAUGAUAAUGGUAAAUGGUUUGUUGAUGUUUUAUCAGUUGAUCAAACCGCUAAAUCUAAAUCUGAAAUCAAGAGAAUUCAAUCUGAACAUCCUUCUGUUGAAUCUCCUUAUGUCGUUCAACGUGGUAGAGUCUUAGGUGGCUUAGAACCAACAAGAGCUUUCGGUGAUGCUCGUUAUAAAUGGUCUGCUCCUUUACAAUCUCAAUUAUCAAACGCACUCUUACCUCCUUCUUAUCCAAUAAGACCUCCACCAAGGGCUUUACUCACUCCUCCAUAUGUUACCGCUGAGCCUGAAGUUACUCAUCGUAAAUUGAAUCUCUCAAGCAAACCCCAGUUCCUCAUUUUAGCUACCGAUGGUCUUUGGGAUAGAUUAUCAAAUGAGGAGGCUGUCGCAUUAGUGGGAAAAUCUCUAGAUGGUUCUGGUGUUAGAGGUGGAAUUCACGGAAAGACUAUAUUAGAUAAAUCCGAACUUCUGCAAAAUGUCACAUCUGAAAGAAACUCGUCAAAUUUCGAUGAAUCAAAUGAUAAUCAGUACAUAUUCAACGAAUCAAACUUAUCAACUCUACUUAUCAAAAAUGCUUUAGGUGGUGCGCAUGAAAAUCAAGUUUCUGCUUUAUUAUCUAUACCCCCACCGCAUUCAAGGCGAUUCUUUGAUGAUACGACUGUCUCUGUCAUUUUGUUCAACAAUAGUAAUGACAAGAUGAACGAUUAUGACUCGAAUACUAAAAAGCAAUAUGCUAAUGUACAAAAAUUAAAGGAUAAUCUACAAAUAUAA